UGACUUGGUUUUAGUUUUAGGCCUAGCCUACAUCACACAUGUGAGUUGUUUACAAAACUUGCAUUAGGCCUGCCUAAUCUAGAAAUCUAGAUCUAAAUACGUAUUAAUUUUCAAAGAUGUCGAAAUGUAUUAUUUGCUGUGUGGAGACCACAAAAUACAAGUGUCCUCUAUGUCUUGAGAGAUACUGUUCAGUGGCAUGUUGUAAAGACCAUAAAGUGAAUUGUGCUCAGAAGCCUAAAGAGGGUCUGCAAGAAACGAAACCGCUGUCUGAACCUGUUGUUCCUAUUCCAUAUGUACAAAAAGUUCAUGCCGCUUUUGAAAGUGAGGUACGCAAUGUUGAUGACGACAGAGUUCCUGAGGUGCUAUUGAAGAAAUUAGGGGAAAGUAUAGAACUGAAAAACAUCAUUAGCAACCCCCACCUACGUGCAAUGAUGGAAAACCUGGUGAACACAGAUAGUCCAGAGGAGCUGAUGGCUGCUGCCAUGAAGGAACCGAUCUUCACAGAAUUCGCAGAUGUUUGCUUAAAGUUGGUAGAUAAAGAUAACCCAAACUUAGAACCUGAGGUUGAUUAUAGUUAAUCAUUGUUUUCUAAUUAGUGAAUUUGGUAAAGAAAGCUACAUUGGAUUUAGUUUUAUACGCAUUUAAAUUAAGAAAUCAGACUAUCGGUACUAAAGCAUGAACUGUGUAUAUAAUUGUAAAUUUGUAUAGUAUUUGAUUCUUUUAAUUUUUUAUUAUACAUUUUCUUUCAUU